GCAGGUGACCACGGUGCGUGACGCGCACAGGUUUAGGUUACGCCCCCUCCGGCUCCGGACAGCUCCUGUGGUGCUGAACCAAAGUGAUCCCGCGGCUCCAGCUUUAACUCUCGCUUCUGAUUGGAUAAGAGAUGCCUCGGUGGACUGCCGAGUGGAUCCGCCCAUUGGUCGUCUCCACCUGCCAGACAAGCGGAUUUCCCUUCACAUCGGGCUGAGCCGGGGAGCAGCCGCUGCAGAACCGGUGAGCUCAGUGUCACCGGGCUGCCGGACAAACAUGAUGUCACAGCGAGGUCGGUAGAGCCGGUUGCCACGAGCUCAUGAAGAUAUCCACACAAGUUGUCUCACUAAACGCACCAUGGCUGCACCCUGACACUAUCAUCUGUUCAACCUCUCUCUCCUCCAGCCCCCCAUCCAGCUCCUCUUCCCUCCCCCUCAACCUGUGGCCUAUUUAUACCCCGGAGACUCAAAAGAGCCCAUUAAAGCUCUGCAGACCUCUUCAGGCAAGAGACAACAGUGAGCACAAAUCCACGGUUGGUCUGCUCUCCAGCCUCAGCACCCUCUCUUUGACAACUGCACAAAAGGAAAAAAAACUAAGGCUUCAGCUGCUGGACUUUCUUGAAAUACAACAGUAAGUCCAUCAAGCUUCAGAUGACAAACUGAUAUUACAUUUUUGAGCGGACUAUUCGCAGCUGCAGCAGAUUUAAGAAAGUCUGGAUGCAGCAUGCACUCGGGUCCUCGGACUGGAGGCUCUGUCCCAUUACUUUGAGAUACAGGAAAACACGCGUUCAUAGCAUUGGUUUAUUGACUCCGUUGUCUAAACAGCUAUGAGAUUGGGCAGGGACACUGAAAGAAUUAACCUUCUAAAUGGCUCACACAUCUGAAGUCCUCCACCAACCCCAGCCAUGAGCUAAGUCCACGCUGAGCCCCCUGGGAGUCCCUUGCAGGAUGACUGCUGUCUGCCCGUCGGAGAGCACCCCAGAAGGGGCCGAAGCCGGGGCCAGGACAGCAGGCGCCAGGGGCCCAGGGGCAGCAAGCACCGCUGGGAGCAUCUCAGUGUCCGGGGCCGAGACUGUGGAGUCGAAUGGAGACUCUGUCGGAGGUUCGGUUGGAGGCACGGCCGUGGUCAGCGGUGUCAACAGGUACACACGCUGGAGCCGCCAGGACAGCUCAGACAUCAACACAGAUGACGAGGGAGCCACCAUCCGCCGCCUCACGCCACUGGAAAGGCUGAACCUGGAUAUGUGCCAGGAUGACAGGGUAGUCCGCGAGCUAACAGUGGGCAGAAGGAUCGGCUUCUACAAAAUUCGGGGAGAGAUCGGCUGUGGAAAUUUCUCCCAUGUCAAGCUCGGAAUUCAUGCCCUCACCAAAGACAAAGUGGCCAUAAAGAUCCUAGACAAAACCAAGCUGGAUCAGAAGACCCAGAAGCUGCUGUCCAGAGAGAUCUCUAGCAUGGAGAAACUGCACCAUCCCAACAUCAUCCGCCUCUAUGAGGUGGUGGAGACGUUAACACGGUUACACCUUGUGAUGGAGUAUGCAGGGGGAGGGGAGCUCUACACCAAGAUCACUACAGAGGGGAAGCUUUCUGACACCAGUUGCAAGAUCGUCUUCGCUCAGAUCCUCUCUGCUGUGAAACACAUGCAUGAAAACAACAUCAUCCACCGGGACCUGAAGGCCGAAAACGUCUUCUACACCAGCAGCUCCUGUGUCAAGGUGGGGGACUUUGGCUUCAGCACACUGAGUCGUCGUAGCGAGACUCUCAACACGUUCUGCGGCUCCCCGCCGUACGCGGCGCCCGAGCUCUUUCGGGACGAGCAUUACGUCGGCGUCUUUGUGGACAUCUGGGCUCUGGGGGUGAUGCUGUUCUUCAUGGUGACGUGCACCAUGCCGUUCAGGGCGGACACUGUGGCCAAACUGAAGCGAUGCAUCCUGGAGGGAGCCUACAUCCUGCCCUCGUGGGUGCCAGAGCCAUGCCAGAGGCUGAUCAGGGGAAUCCUCCAACCCAUACCAUCUGACCGCUGCACGGUGGAGCAGAUGAUGGGCUGCGAGUGGCUGCUCCCUGUGGACUUCCCGCGUGCCAUGGAGGCCUUUAAACUAGACCCAUCCUACCUAGCAGAGAGCGAUCCAUCUGAACUCGGGGGGGAAGAGCUGGAGGUAAAAGCAGCACUGGAGACGCUGGGAAUCACCCCAGAACACAUCCUCAACAACCAGGGGAAAGACUGCAGGAGCUCCAUCACAGGGUGCUAUAGGAUCCUGCUGCACCGCGCUCACAAGAAACGGGCUGUCGAGAGAACGCCCGUGGUCACACAGGUAGUCAGACCAACGGCAACGAGUAAAAAGGAACGGCUAAAAGUGUACCGUAGCUUGAGGCACACAUCUAAACUCUGUAUGAUUCUGUGACAAAGUGCUCUGCCUCGCUCUGGGAAUGAAUUAGCUUUAUAGUCUGGGGUGAGAUUGCAUGGACUUUAUUAGAAAUAUUAAAGUGCUAUUUAGACCAGCAGUUUCAAUUUAAAUCAUGGUUAAAAAUUCCCCUGAGCUUCUGAAAUCUGGGAUUUCUUACUUUAGUAUCUUUCUUCUAGUAAGUAAUAUUAGUCUCUGUGAGAAUGUCGAUGCAGCUAAAUCCCUGUUGGCUCCCUUUCGGACAGGGACAUGUAAUACUGAUGAGAUUUGGAAAUGUUAUGAAAUAUGAUUGAUUUGAGUAAACAUAAUGAUGUUUAGAUGGCAUUCACAACUUUUUUAUCUAGGUCACACAGGCCAGACAUUUAUGGAUCGUUCAUUCUAUGCUCAGAAAACACCAAUAAGUCCUUUGAGAAAUCGUUGUAGAAUACAUCUAAAGGAAAAUAGUUAGAAAUCCACAACAUUAUGGUGAGUUGAUAAAGUGGUGAAACAUGCAGUCCGAACAUGAAACAUGGUGUCUUCGAGUUCAAUUACACUUUUCUUUGAUGCCUUAGUUUUCUAUCAUGUUGUGAAAUCAGCUAGACUGGUUAUGAAAUGAAUAGAGAUCUCACAUCUUGCAUUAUGUGAUGUAUCUCUAUGAGACGUACCUGCUGUUACACUGAUUUACCUGAAUGACCUCUCUAUUUUUCGCUGUGGCCUCAAAAAAAGCAGAUAAAAGACAUUAAACUACAAAUACCAACGUACCAACCCCCACAGUUGUUCAUGUGGCAAAAUCUAUUUUGAGUAUAAACUCAGACAUUUUCGGUAUGAGUUUCAGUAAUUAUUAUUAUUUUUUAAUUAUCAGAUGCCAUGUUCAUGUGUUGAUUGAAAUAAAUUGAAAA